UACGUAUAAUAACGGUACAAAUCAUCAGCUGUUUACAGUUCAGUACUGGUUAUAGUGUUUAAAUAAGAUGUGACGUUCGGUUUAAUGUUGGAUGUGGUAUUAGUGUAUGACCACAUGCAGAGAGAGAGUGCUGUUGUACAGCAAUGUGCGUUGUUGGGCGCAAUGUAACAAGACGUGUAAGAUGUACUUGAUGUACUACAAUCCUCGUGCAAACUUCGAAAUAACCGCUUGCGAUUACGCAUUGUUUAUGUUUAAUUAGCGACCAUUGGGCAGCCGCAAGCACGCUGCAUGUUUUCUCACCUUCAACCACUUGGUACAAGCGUAGUGAUUGCGUUUAAUACUAGGUGGGUUCAAUUACUUAUCUAGUACCAGGUUAAAAUAUUGCAGCAUGAGUGCUUCAAGUAGUUUGAAAAAUAUGGGUGAACUUGUGUAACGUUUAAAAUCGAGUUGAGCCAAUUCACUCGCCCGAGUAGAGUAUCGUAUUUAAUUGAGUAAUGAAGUAGAACAAAUUAAGCGGUUGACCAGUGCAUAGAAGCUCUUGGCCAAGAGGAAAUUUAAAGGUCAAUUCCGCUAAUAAAAUAAGUGACUGCUCUUAAUUAGUGCCUCUGUGAGACAGGAAUUGUAUCCCGUUGAGAAAUAGUCCUGUGGUCAAGCAUCGAUGGAGGAAUAACGGCUAUUGAGAUUGCAUGACGGAGAAGUUAUAAUAGAGUGAAAGUGUUUUAUGAUAAGCUGAAAAGUUCAACAUUUCAACUCGGCGUUUGCUGCUUGAGAAGAAAAUUUUCUUCAAAACGCAAAAACAACGUCCGAAUGGUAUUAUACCGCAUAUUAAACCAUUGCUGCAAGCCAUUUAAGGAAGAAAAGCGAAUAAGUUGAAACAAAAACAUGAGCUGGGAGUUUUUCAACUACCGUUCAGAUUCAGGCCGGAUCAAUUUGUGAUGCUCGUGUUGGUUGCGUGUUCAUGUUUUCAAUUGUUUUUGGGAGCCAGAAAGAGAGCUGUAUGAGAGAUCAUUCAUUUCGUCUAGCGAUCGACAGAAGAGCUAAUUGUGAAAAUAGAAUCCAAGUUAUUCGUUCCCAGCCACAGUUGUAAAGUGAAAGAAGGAAACGAUUAUUUUUUGGUGUGUCCGUUGGUGCUGUUGAAGUUAUUAUUACACUUGGAAAUAAGUCGAACACGGUGAUUGAACCGUUGAGAAUCCAUUGAAGCAAAGUUGGACAAGACCCACUCGGAUGUAUCAGUUUUUAACGUUUAAUAAUUGUUAGUAAACAGGCAGAAAACUAUUACCUAUUUACAGCGGCAAAAUAUCGAAUGCAAUUUAUUUCGCCAUCGAAGAUGAGAAAUUUGUUAUGGGUAGCUGCAUUUUGCUGUCAGCUCUUUAGGCUGGCUGGAACCAAUGCUACCGGAAGUAGCUUCAACACGUCGCACACAAAAGACUGUUCCACACUACAUCCAGCUUGCGUUCGUUGUAACGAACACGGGUGCGUCAAAUGCACUGACCUGCUCAGGAUCGACACUCGCGAAUGUGUAGGUGACUGCCCCGGUGGAUAUGUUGCGCAGUGGUCCACGACAUCGGAGUUUAUGGGACGAGUGUGCUAUCCGGUGGGCUUCUCCGGUUCCUUUCUGGCAGCGGUUGUGGGAAUAGCCGCAGGGGCCGUACUCUGCAUUGUGCUGAUCAUCGCUGCUAUGGCCGUCAUGAGACGAAAGCAAAGGCGAAAAAAAUAUCGAGAAACGUUCAUAGAUGAGAACAUCGAUCGGUUAGAGUUUUUGAAACAACUAGACGAAUUGCGGCCUCAAGCAGAGUGCUUUCUCCAAAUGUUGAAUGAUACUAGACGUCAAAUUCGAAAGCUUCACUUGGCGGCCGACAGUUCUGGUGCGGCCACCUAUCAUCCGGUUGUGCGUGAUUUGGCUAAGAUUCUGAUAUUGCUCAAUAAACCGGUUGAGCUAAUAAGCUCACCGCCGCAUGAUUGGCAGCGGCUAUAUGCUUGGGCUGAAAAAGUACUGGAUCGCUACAAACCGGAACUGACUCAGUUGAUUGAGUUCCUUCAACAACCAUCAAUUCCAUCAUCAGCCUCCGAUCCUAGGCUGGGUACCAGUGAACAUUCCACGUUUAAGUCUAAAUUUGGUGAUAGUCUAGCUGGUGCCAACGAAAGUGACACAUCGCCAAAUUUGAGCGUCAAGAAUCCGUUUAACUUGCUGCAACCUGAGUCGGCCAGCAGCCAACAUCGGCAUCAGAACAACUUCCUUGGUUCACUUAUUAGCCUCCACGAAUUCGACGAGCGAUCAUCGUCCUCGCAAACCGACGGCAUUGGUAAUGGUAGCAAUCUGUUCGGUGACACUUUCGAUCAUGUGCGAAGUUAUCUUUCGACAUCGGGUAUUAACGACAGUUCGCUCUGGCUGCAGGAUGAAUUUUUCAAACUUGGCUUCCGACCGCAGGACGAAAUUACAACCGAGCUUUAGUAGCAGUGACGCUUUUCCAUUCCAGGCAACGAAUAAAGACGAUUAGCGAAGCCACGCGAGGAGUUAAUCGAUACAAUCACCAAACUAGUCAGAACAAAUAAUCAUAAAUAAAUAUUGAUAUAAGAUUUAUGUUUUAAUUACUUUUUAGUCUUAUAUUUCAAAGCCGCAUUCGAAUGUAGCAUAGCAGCAGGUUGAUUUAAAUUAUAGACAAAAUAUGACAGUUUUCGUUGAAAGCGUUGUCUUGUAAUAUAAACAUAUAAAAAUCCAGUUUGUUCUGGGAUCAAUGAGAAAUAAUAUACACGAA